AUCGCCAUCUUGUCUUCGUGUGAUGAGUGUUGGAUUGGAAUACUUAAACUCAUAUUAUUUCUAGUUAUGCGGCGCAUGUAUGAGACGAUUCAGAUAAGUACUCGCAGUGAACUUGAUGAAGUCGCAGUGGAGGAGAUCUGUGAAAAACUUCAACUCAGCUUCUACUCGCUUCCUAUAGAAACGGUAGCUAAAGAGUCGAUAGAAAGUUUUUUUCAAGAAUUUGACGUUGAUUUUCUAAAAUUGGAAGCAGCUAAAGUCCAGAAUCAAUUAACAAAUGAUGGGGACUUAGAACCAGAAGAUCAAGUUUCCUACGAGUUGUUGGAAACCGAAAGAAGUUUUUUCGAUCAACUUCGCCACCAUUUUGUGUACUUUUUUUUACCUAUAAAGAAAGAUAAUUUUUUAGAAGAAAACGAAUUUAUAACCUUAUUUACUGGGACUGAAGAACUUUUAAAAAUAGUUGGAAACAUUAUGAGAGAAGCCAAUGAAGCAGCACGAAAUAGAGAUCGGUUGUUGUGGGGAAAAAUUUUUGUAAAACAUUGGGAAAAACUUGCUCACUUAAUUCAACUGCGUUAUCAAAGUUAUCCUGACGCUUUGAUUCUUAUUGAACACUUGAAAAAGAAAUAUACGAAGUUUUCUGAUCUUCUUUUGCGAGCGCCGGCCUUUCCUCCUUUACAGUAUCUCACCCUUCUUCCUCUCCAUUGCGUGAAACGUUACAGACUUUUUUUUUUGAUGCUCUGGCAUGAAAUUUGCGACGAGCCAAAUCAUUUGGACUAUAAUAACAUCAGCCAGAUGCUAAAAGGCAUGCAUUUCUUUUGUGAACAGAGACUUUUUACGGCUAAAGUUAUAGCGUUAAAGAGUUGGAGGAAUUGA